AUUUCGAAUGCGUUCAAGAUCGUUAACGGUACGGCAAAUAUAACCUUCGUCUCAUCGAUGUACAAUAGGGAACGCGCCAAGUAUAUGCUUCCCAGCAUCUCGUAUACCAGUUUUCCCAUUGUGCUGUGCGUGCCCGGCGGCAGCCAGUUGACGCCGAUGCAGCGUCUGACCAAGCCGCUGGGCUAUUUCAGCUGGCUAUGCACCGUCCUCAGUGUGCUGGUUGGCUUUGGGUAAUU